ACCCCGCCGGGGCGGCGGGCGGGGGCGCCCCGGCGUUUCCCGCUGGCCUGAAGGAGGACGGGGAGCCUCGGAGGGCCGAGGCCGCGGAGCGCCCGGCGGGCACCAGCCAUGGGGUGUUGUGAGGCGAGGGGGUUGCUCUGGAGAUUUGGCCUCUUCCUCCCCCUGCUGACAGCGCGCCCCGCCGCCGCCGCUCACGUCGCCACUAACCAAGUUGUGUUGCUUGAUACUACAGCUGCGCUUGGAGAACUAGGAUGGAAAACAUUUCCUUUAAAUGGGUGGGAUGCCAUAACUGAAAUGGAUGAACACAAUCGCCCCAUUCAUACUUACCAGGUAUGUAACGUGAUGGAACCAAACCAAAACAACUGGCUUCGAACAAACUGGAUCUCCCGUGAUGCUGCACAGAAAAUUUAUGUGGAAAUGAAGUUUACCCUGAGGGACUGCAAUAGUAUUCCAUGGGUUUUGGGAACCUGCAAGGAAACUUUUAACCUCUACUACAUGGAGUCAGAUGAAUCUCAUGGAGUAAAAUUCAAGCCAAACCAGUAUACUAAAAUUGAUACUAUUGCAGCUGAUGAGAGCUUUACCCAGAUGGACUUGGGCGACCGCAUUCUUAAACUCAACACAGAAGUUCGUGAGGUUGGACCAAUAAACAAGAAAGGAUUUUAUCUUGCUUUUCAGGACAUUGGAGCAUGCAUUGCUUUGGUCUCAGUUCGUGUUUAUUACAAAAAGUGCCCUUUCACAGUCCGUAACUUGGCUAUGUUUCCUGAUACUAUUCCAAGGGUUGAUUCUUCCUCUUUAGUGGAAGUGCGUGGCUCCUGUGUGAAGAGCGCUGAGGAACGUGAUACUCCAAAAUUGUAUUGUGGAGCAGAUGGGGAUUGGCUUGUGCCUCUUGGACGAUGCAUCUGCAGUGUAGGAUAUGAAGAAGUGGAUGGUUCCUGCCAUGCUUGCAGGCCCGGCUUCUACAAGGCUUUUGCCGGGAAUGUGAAGUGCUCCAAGUGCCCUCCCCACAGCCUGACCUACGUAGAAGCAACGUCUGUCUGCCAGUGUGAGAAGGGGUACUUCCGAGCCGAGAAAGACCCGCCGACUAUGGCAUGUACCCGGCCACCUUCUGCUCCAAGGAAUGUAAUUUUUAACAUUAAUGAAACAGCUCUCAUGUUGGAAUGGAGCCCACCUAGUGAUACCGGUGGAAGGAAAGACCUCACAUACAGUGUAAUCUGUAAGAAAUGCGGGUCGGACACCAGCCAGUGUGAGAUAUGCGGUGGAGGUAUCCGCUUCAUCCCCCGGCACACAGGUCUGAUCAACUCCUCCGUGACGGUGCUUGACUUUGUGUCCCACGUGAACUACACCUUCGAAAUAGAAGCCACGAAUGGCGUCUCCGAGCUGAGUUUCUUGCCAAAGCAGUUCACAGCUAUCACAGUUACCACUGACCAAGAUGCACCCUCCUUGAUAGGUAUGGUAAGGAAGGACUGGGCUUCCCAAAACAGCAUUGCCCUCUCCUGGCAAGAGCCGGACUUUCCCCAUGGAGCCAUUCUGGACUACGAGAUCAAGUACUAUGAGAAAGUCUACCCACGGAUAGCGCCGGCAUUUUGGCACUACCUGCGGGUAGAAGAGCAUGAGCAGCUCAGCUAUUCCUCCACAAGGUCCAAGGCUCCAAGCGUUAUCAUCACAGGUCUCAAGCCAGCCACCAAGUAUAUAUUUCAUAUCAGAGUCAGGACGGCAGCAGGAUACAGCGGCUAUAGCCAGAAGUUUGAAUUUGAAACUGGAGAUGAAACUUCCGAUAUGGCUGCGGAGCAGGGGCAGAUUCUUGUAAUUGCCACUGCUGCUGUCGGUGGAUUCACUCUCCUGGUCAUCCUAACUUUGUUCUUCCUAAUCACUGGGAGAUGCCAGUGGUACAUAAAGGCCAAAAUGAAGUCUGAAGAGAAAAGAAGGGCUCAGCUCCAAAAUGGACACUUACGUUUCCCAGGAAUCAAAACAUAUAUUGAUCCAGACACGUAUGAAGAUCCAUCCCUUGCUGUCCAUGAAUUUGCAAAGGAGAUAGAUCCUUCAAGAAUUCGUAUUGAGAGAGUUAUUGGGGCAGGUGAAUUUGGAGAAGUAUGCAGUGGACGACUGAAGACACCUGGAAAGAGAGAGAUACCAGUUGCAAUUAAAACUCUGAAAGGUGGCUAUGUGGACAGGCAGAGAAGAGAUUUCCUGAGAGAGGCUAGUAUCAUGGGACAAUUCGAUCACCCAAAUAUAAUCCGCCUUGAAGGAGUAGUUACAAAAAGAUCCUUUCCGAGCAUUGGGGUGAAGUCUCUUUCGAGAUUCCUGAGGGCGGGAUUUUUAAAUAGCAUCCUGGCCCCACAUCCAGUGUCAGGGGGUGGAUCUUUACCCCCCAGCAUUUCCUCUGGCAGACCAGUAAUGAUUGUAGUUGAAUACAUGGAGAAUGGAUCCCUUGACUCCUUUCUGCGGAAGCAUGAUGGCCACUUCACAGUCAUCCAGCUGGUUGGCAUGCUACGUGGAAUUGCAUCUGGCAUGAAGUACCUAUCUGACAUGGGAUAUGUACACCGUGAUCUGGCAGCCCGUAAUAUUUUGGUCAACAGUAACCUCAUGUGUAAGGUCUCUGAUUUUGGUUUGUCGCGAGUGUUGGAGGACGACCCUGAAGCCGCUUAUACAACAAGUGGUGGAAAAAUCCCCAUAAGGUGGACUGCUCCUGAAGCGAUAGCUUACAGGAAGUUCUCUUCAGCAAGUGAUGCCUGGAGCUAUGGGAUUGUGAUGUGGGAAGUGAUGUCCUAUGGUGAAAGACCAUACUGGGAGAUGUCCAACCAGGAUGUUAUACUGUCUAUAGAAGAAGGUUACAGGCUUCCAGCUCCCAUGGGCUGCCCAGCUUCUCUUCACCAACUAAUGCUUCACUGCUGGCAGAAAGAGAGGAACCACCGUCCAAAAUUCAGUGAUAUUGUCAGCUUCUUAGACAAACUGAUCCGCAAUCCAAGCACCCUUCAUACCCUAGUGGAGGAUGUACUUGUAAUGCCAGAUUCACCUGGUGAAAUUCCAGAAUAUCCGUUGUUUGUCUCAGUUAGUGAUUGGCUGGACUCAAUAAAAAUGGGUCAGUAUAAAAACAACUUCAUGGCAGCAGGUUUCACAACUUUGGAUAUGGUUUCAAGAAUGAGUAUUGAUGACAUUAGAAGAAUUGGAGUUGUACUCAUUGGACACCAGAGACGAAUAGUGAGCAGUUUACAGACUUUGCGGUUACACAUGAUGCACAUACAGGAGAAAGGAUUUCAUGUAUGAAAGUACUAGAAUCAACUGUGUUUUGUGCCUCAGCAUUUCUAAAAUGGAAAAUAUUCUCAUUCUUCCCUUCUGCUCUUCCCAACUUCAAGAACUGCAGUCUCCUGUUCAGACUAUUAAAGUACUUCUAUGUUAAUGCUUCCAAACUGGAAUUUUUAAUCACACUGCGUAGUUCCUUCUUCUGUUAUCUGCCAAUAAAAUCCUGGCCUACUGCAAGAUUCUUGCUACACACUGAUGAAUAACUCAGCAUGGAUGUGUAACUUUGUAUAACAGCUUUUGGGAAACUUUCAUGAACUUACUUGAAAGUAGCAACCUAUUUGGCCUGGUGUGGCUUCUUUAUCGAUGUAUUUAGAGUUUGCUGGUAGAUCAAAAAGUAUUUGACUUCUUUCAUGUUCUGUGACCAUGUAAAUUCCAAUAUCCAAUGUGCAAUCAAGGAGAAGUUUGACAUAAAUAUUUAUUUCAUCUCUUAAUUAAAUCCAAAUGUAUGGGUCCUAUCGUUACAUUACUUUAUAAUAGUUUAAAUGUUGGUGAGCUGGUGCCUCAAAAUUUUAGAAUUCUUUGCAGAAAUGACUGAUGAUUUCAUCUAGCAAAUUUGCUUUGUGUGAAUUGGGUGCAUAGUGAGAAAAAGUUGUUUGACAUCAUAAGGUCUUUGAUUUUGAAUUACUUUGGCACUCAAUACUUUUUAUGCUUUAAAUUGUAGAUUAAGUUGGAAAAUUCAUUCAUUCUUGGGAUUUUUCACCACUCGACCUUCUUUUUAUUAUUCAGCAUUUGCUUCUACUACAUGGCAAAUUAUCCCUGGAAAACUGAUUAUAAUGUUUCUUAGCCAUGUAUAAAACAUGGUUGUCAGCUAUCCUGUGGCAGCCACAUAGACUUCAGAAAGCUUUCUGUUCCAAAAAUGCAGGCCUCCGCUACUAAAACUAAGGGUAAUCUCCAUCAGUGGUAGGAGACCUCAGAGGGCCAGCCAUCAGUGGGGUGAUAUGUUUAUUCCCAUAGCAGCAGAUCGGCCAUCUCAUCCAACUGAGGGCAGUGCUAAUGCUGGAAGUUACACCCUGUGGUAUUCAGUUUUACUGUAUACAGGCAGAAAAGGAGACAUAGGACAGCAGUGUAAUCAUAUGUUGCCUUGAGUCUACUUCUAACUGUUUUUAGAAGUAAAACACAGACUCUGCCAAAAUGGAGCUCUGGUUACUACAGGCUAGAUCUUCAUUUAGUGCAAAUAUCUAAAUGACAUCGAAGAUAAGUAUCUUUAGAACUCUUCAAUAGCCAUAUUUACAUGCAAGAAAAUGGCUGCAAAGGCCUAACAUAGUAUUUGUACCUCUGUAAGACUUAAAGCUUUCAUGUUUUAUUCAGACAAUUUACACGGAUGUGCUGGGCUACAUUUCCAAACUUGUGUGUGGGAUAUGCGCUACUAGGAACCGAGAAAAGAGCGCAUUUCUGUGUGCCGUAGAAGCCACGUGCAGAUCUACAUGCAUGUCACAUGUAAACUGGUUGCAGAUGCUUUUGUUAAUUUAUACAUGGUUUGGAGGACGUUUGUUAAGUUACAUGACAUUCCAAUAUACUUGAGAAUUACAGAUCUUCAGUUAAAAUGUGCAUUUGGGCAAUUAGUAAAGUAUAUGUGUAUAUCAAAAUGAAUUAACUACUUUAUGUAAUCAUAAUGAUAUUUACUGCUUAAUUUACAGCUUACAAAUCAAAAUGUACUUCCUGACACUGGGAAAAGGCUGUUGUAUACCAGUGGCAGAGAAGGAAAAACAGAAGGCAAUUCAGAAAAGAUUAUGCUUCCAACCAGUUCACAGAGUAAGACACGCUAGGCCUGAUUCACUCUUGUUACUUUAUGUUAGAAUAACUUCAGUAAUUUUAAUGGGAUAACAGUAAAGAACUGAGUACCUUUUCCUUUGUCCAUUAAAAAAACCAGAUUUAACUGAGGAACAAGUUUUCUAAAGAUAAAGAAUCACCAGCGCUCUUCAAUGCUGAUUUGAUAAGCAUAUUUAAAGAAGGGCAGUAUCAGUCCUAUUCUACCUACAAAGGUAAUUUUAUCAGCAUGAGUACUCCCGUUGAACUCAGUAGGACUGUACAAGCAUGUGUAUUUUACAGGAUCACAGGCCUUUAGUGGGAAAAAAAAAAAUUUUGUCUGUUACUGUCACUUGGAACAUUCUGCCCCAAUUCCACAGCUGGAUAAUUUUUGGUAAGGGUUCUCUUAUGAAAAGAAAAUUGUACUUACUUUUGAAGCCUUUUAAAAUAAUAACAUCACAGAGUAAUGUAAAAGUUGAUUUUCCUUUUUCUAUUUUGCCUGCCAUUGCUUCCAUGGUCAACAAUGUGCCAUCUGCAGAAGGCCUCUCACAUUUAAAUACAUUACUGAGGAGGUAUGAAUCUGUUACUUGUUAAUGGGGUUUCAAAACUACUCGUAAUUAAUCCAAACCAUACAUGUGCACUAUUUAAUUCUCCUUUGCACAUUUAUUCAUUCCUGGUAGCGUGGAUGCAAACCUGCAUGUUACAUGCACACAACCUGGAUAUGUUUCAUGGAAAUUAAUUUCCAGAUAUUCACACUACUGAAAAUAUAUUUUCAAUAGAACAAAUAUAAUUAAUAACAAUAUUAAAACAUUUAUUAAUCAGAUAUAUUUUUUAUAUAAACAAGAGUUUGGGUAACCAGAAAGAGGCGAACAAGAGAUUCUUUUGGUGAGGACAUUUAUUAAAAAAAUUGUAAAUCCUCUCCAGGAUUUUGUGGGUUUAUAUGGCUUGGUUUUUUUGUUGUUACUGUUGUGCAGUAUGACAUUUUUAUAAUUGUUAUCUUGAUCAAAUUUACAUUUCCCCUAUUUUGGAAACAUUUCAUUUUCUCUUGCUCAGCUUCCACACCUACUCUUCCAUUUUCUUCAGUGCAAACAAAAGUGCCAUUGCUAGGGCUUUUUAAAUUUUUCUGUUCAUUAAAAAAAAAACAAGCAAA